AUGGCCCCUCCACAAUACAUUAUCAACGCUCAUAUUUUUGGCGAGACCUAUGACAACGAAGAAGUUGGUUUUCUGUUUAGAAACACUGAGGUUAAACGAUUUUGUUUAAGCAGAAAAGCAAAUUUCAGUUACUUCAAAGGGAGAUUAGAGACGAAGCUUGCAAUGGGUGGUGUAUCCCAGAUUUUUUACCAAUAUCGAUUUCUUCGUGGAGACAACCCGGUCAAGUUUAUCCAAGUUGAGAUCAAAGACGAUGAAGACAUGCAGAAUAUGUUUGCCAAUCAUGAGUAUUCUAGUUACGAAUGCAUAGAACUGUAUGUUACUCUACUAGAAGUUCAAACCACACAAAUGGUUGAGUCACAAGUCAUUGAUGCACUUGGAGACGAGCAAGCAGAGGUCGACAUUGUAGAUGAAGAAGAAGAAGCACCGGAAAUAGAAGUUGAUAACCUGGUAAACGAGGAAAGUGAAGAUGAACCGGAAGUUGUUGUACCACGAGAUCAAGUGCAUAUGCCUCCAGUGCACAUGAGGAACCUGAAUUUUGAUGGGGAUGACGAACCAUCGACUGAUAUUUUCUAUGAUCCAUACACCCAAACAGAUCAACGGUUAAAAGUAGGAGACAGAUUUCGUUCUAAGGAGGCAUGUAUCAUGGCCAUAAAAAGAUUUCAUAUGGCAAACAAUGUUGAUUUUAGAGUUGAUCGCGCCAAUGUCGAAAGGUACAAAAUUUACUGUAGAAACACUGAUUGUGGAUUCAGGUUGCAUGCAUCAUACAGGAAGAGAAGUGACUCAUGGGUUAUAGGAUAUAUUUCCCAAGAUCACACAUGUGUUAACACAAAUGUUUCACAAGAUCACCGUAAGCUCAGUUAUGACAUCAUUUGUCAAGAAAUCUUGCCUCUAGUUGAAAAAGAUCCAUCGUUAAAGGUGAAAACGAUAAUCUCUCAUAUCGUUGCAACGUACAACUACACUCCGUCUUAUAGAAAGGCGUGGCUGGCGAAGACCAAGGCGAUCGAAGUUGUGUAUGGAAAUUGGGAGGAUUCGUAUAAACGACUCCCACAUUUCUUAUAUGCGCUUCAAAUUUAUGCUCCUGGGACUGUUACUAUUUUAGAGACCCUUCCGGCGCAAUCUCCAGACGGAACAUCACUUCAAGGAAAUGUGAUAUUCCACAGGCUCUUCUGGGCUUUCCGCCCAUGUGUACAAGGAUUUUCAUAUUGCAAACCAAUUCUUCAAAUAGAUGGAACUUGGUUGUACGGAAAAUAUAAAGGCACCAUGUUGAUGGCUGUGGCUCAAGACGGAAAUAGUAACAUAUUUCCUGUUGCUUUCGCUCUUGUGGAAGGAGAAACUGCUGGAGAAAUUGUAGCGGCAAAUCCAGAUGCAGGCAGAUGGGUUGACAGUCUUGCUAGAGAGAAAUGGACCAGAUCAUACGACAACGGGAAGCGAUGGGGGCACAUGACUACGAAUCUUGUGGAGUCUAUGAACGGGGUGUUUAAGGGCAUUAGACACCUUCCGAUUACUGCCUUGGUGGAAGCAACAUACUAUAGGAUGGCUUCUCUUUUCGCAAAAAGAGGUGAGCGUUGGAAUGCAGAGAUAUUCCAUAGUGCUGGGUUCCUACAUCCGACUCUUCUAGAUGUGGAGGCUAUUAUUAAUGAUGAACCAGAGCCAGAGAUGCCAAGCUUUGUGACCCGUGGAAAGAUGAUCAAGAACUGGAUCACCAUUGAUGUUCCUGAUUGGACUCAUGUUUCAAAGUAA